GUGCAGGGAGCGGUGGCGCAGACGCAGAACCUCUUCCUUGAUCAGCUGACAGCAAGCGAGAUGCUCAGUUGAAGGACCUGUGAAUGUUAAACCUGUUAUUUUGAGCUUCAUAUAUGGUAAGCUGUGUCUGUUCUACGGAGUUAGAGCCCGUGAACGCUGCGCUGAGACCGUCAGGCUCAUCGCUUCCCUCAGUGACUUCCCUACACCAGCGGCCGGGUGGAUAAACUUACUUUUGGGCAGCCAUGACAGAAUUCUGGUUAAUCUCGGCUCCGGGAGACAAGACCUGCCAGCAGACCUGGGACAAGCUGAUGGUGGCCACCACACGCGCCAACAACCUGUCCACCAACCACAAGUUCAACAUCCCAGACCUUAAGGUUGGGACCCUUGACGUGUUGGUGGGCCUGUCAGACGAGCUCGCUAAGCUAGACACUUUCGUGGAAAGUGUGGUGAAGAAGGUUGCUCAGUACAUGGCUGAUGUUCUGGAGGACAGCAGAGACAAAGUCCAGGAGAACCUACUGGCCAACGGAGUCGACCUGGUCACCUAUAUCAGCAGAUAUCAGUGGGACAUGGCGAAAUAUCCAAUCAAACAAUCGCUGAAAAACAUCUGUGAGAUCAUCUCCAAGCAAGUGACUCAGAUAGACAACGACCUGAAGGCCAGAGCUUCCGCUUACAAUAACCUGAAGGGAAACCUGCAGAAUCUGGAGAGGAAGAAUGCAGGGAGCUUGUUGACCAGGAGUCUGGCUGACAUAGUGAAGAAGGAGGACUUUGUGCUGGACUCUGAGUACUUGAUUACCAUGCUGGUGGUCGUCCCUAAGACAAACUACACUGACUGGCAGAAGACGUAUGAGACGCUGGCAGAAAUGGUUGUACCUCGUUCCACUAAGCAGCUGUUUGAAGACCACGACAGCGGUCUAUUCAGUGUCACGCUCUUCAGGAAGGCUGUAGACGACUUCAAACACAAAGCCAGAGAAAACAAGUUUACAGUGCGUGAGUUCCAGUACAAUGAGGAGGAGAUGAAAGCGGACAAGGAGGAGAUGACCCGUUUGUCCACAGACAAGAAGAAACAGUUUGGCCCUUUGGUGCGAUGGCUGAAGGUGAAUUUCAGUGAGGCUUUCAUCGCAUGGAUUCACAUUAAAGCUCUGCGUGUGUUUGUCGAGUCAGUAUUGAGAUACGGGCUGCCGGUUAACUUCCAGGCCAUGCUGCUUCAGCCCAACAAGAAGAACAUGAAGAAACUUCGAGAGGUGCUGGACGACCUGUACAAACACCUGGACAGCAGUGCUGCAGUCAUCGACGCUGCCAUGGACAUCCCAGGUCUGAAUUUGAGCCAACAGGAGUACUACCCAUACGUUUACUACAAGAUCGACUGCAAUCUACUGGAUUUCAAAGUCUGAAAGCUUGGCCAUUACCUUUUAAUAUGUCGUAAUGUUUUGAUGUGACAUGCUUACUUUUACAGGCUUUAAUUUAUUUUUGGCUUUUGCCCUAUUUUCCCUGUUUGUUUACCAUUUUUUUUUGGAGGUUUUCAGAUUUGGAUGUUUGCCUGUACGUCUCUAAGUCAACAGAUCACAUAGGUCUUUCUUGUAAGAAUAGAAAAAUCGUCAGCUCAACAUAUUUAUGUUGUUUGCUCAUUGUCGUUUGUCAGUAGGCUCUCUGUCUACUUUCAGGAGCACUGGUGACGUUCCCUUAUUCCCUACAAAUAUGUGUCCUUUUAACAGAUAAACAGACAAAUGGGUACGCAUGUGGGACAUAUGAGGAUACGGUUAAAAACAGUGAUUAUUCAUGCCUCAGAAUAAGCAAACAUUUCUCAUGUGUUGUGUUUUAUUUUGUCCCACUUUGGUAUUAUAUGUUUACAUGCACAAUUCAACCACUGCAUUCCUUCUUUUUGAUUUUAUCGUAUGAGCCGUGAAACACUGAAACUGAUCAGUUUACAGCGGGGCAAUGUUUGCUUUCUGUGUACUCCACUGAUUUCUAUGAAAAACUCCAACAUUAAUGUUGUGCUGAUGCUGUAUUGUUGGUAUGAACGACAAAUGAACCCCCUAUUUAAAGUUGACGUGAAAAUAAAUGCAAUAUGUAAUAUAUCCAGUUUUUGUGCUCUGUUAGGCACAUACGCCUACUGUGAUGUGAAUAAAACUUACAAAUGAAUAAGUAAUUAAAAA